AUGACGAAAAGAGUCUUUCUCCUCCUCUUCUGUUGCUUAAUGAGAUCUUCCGUAUCAAAGAACACAAUUCAGGAUCAUCUUUAUAGAGGCUCGUUUCUCUCCGUAGAUGAUGAUUCACACUUCAUAACCUCCCCUGACAACACUUUUACCUGCGGCUUCUAUGGCUUUCAAACCAAUGCUUACUGGUUUGCAAUCUGGUAUACAAACUCCAAAGAACGUACUGUGGUUUGGACUGCAAACAGCAACAAACCUGUCAAUGGCCAUGGCUCAAAGUUAACACUUGAGACAAAUGGUGCCAUGGUUUUGACCGAUGUGGAUGGCACGUUUGUGUGGGAGACCAACCCAACGUCCACGGAUGUAGAUAGAGCAGUGCUGCUUAAUACAGGUAAUCUAGUACUUAUGAACAACAAAGAUCAGAUUCUUUGGCAAAGCUUUGACUAUCCAACUGAUACUCUUUUGCCUUCUCAAUCAUUAACAAGGAGCAAAAGCUUGAUAUCUGCUUUCAGAAAAGAAAGUUUUCAACCUGGGUAUUUUAGUUUGAGCUAUGGUAGUAAUAACGUUUUAACAAUGUUUUACGAUGGCCCAGAAAUAUCAAGUGUCUACUGGCCUAGUCCUGAUCCAAGUUUUAAUGUUUGGGCCUAUGGAAGAACCCCUUUUAACAAUAGCAGAUACGCAUUCUUUAACGAUCUCGGUGUGUUUAACUCAAGCGACGGGUUGCAAUUUAAUUCUUCAGAUAUGGGUUUUGGGAUCAGAAGGAGGCUGACAAUGGACUAUGAUGGUAAUCUCAGAUUUUAUAGCUUGAAUGAGUCGACAGGAUUAUGGUCGAUCUCGUGGCAAGCUAUAUCACAACCCUGUAAUAUUCAUGGAAUCUGUGGGAGAAACGGGAUUUGUGUUUAUGGAGACAAACCUGAAUGUUCAUGUCCACCACACUAUGAGUGGAGUGACCCUAAUGAUUUAGGUCAAGGUUGUAAGCCUACUUUCAGCAAUACAUGUGGAAAGUCAGCAACGUUUGGAUUUGUGCCGAUGCAACAUACCGAUUACUACGGCUUUGAUCUAAAUUUCUCAUCGCGCAUUUCGUUUGAAUCGUGUAGAGACAUCUGCUUGGGUGAUUGUCGUUGUGAAACAUUUGGUUACAGGCUAACAGGUGAAGGUACAUGCUAUGUUAAAAGUGACCUUUUCAAUGGAUACCAGUAUCCUAGUUUCCCAGCAACCAUGUACUUCAAAGUACCAAUAGGCAUGGAAGCUCCCGAAUCUGCCUCAAUCCUUAAUGGUUCAAAGGCCAUAUGUACAAAAGUCCCAGUCAUGUUGGGUUCUCCAUCUAUGUAUAAAUCACCUGCUGGAAAGGUGAAGUGGGUUUAUCUUUACUCGUUUGCUUUAGCUAUUGGUUUAGUUGAAGCUUUGGUCAUCUUAUUGGGCUGGUGGAUAUUUUAUGGAAACAACGCAUUGGUAAACAGCCUAGAAGAAGGGUAUCGUAUGGAAGGGGAAGAGGAAGAAACCGAGCUUAUGAGGUUUGUAAGGGUCAUGAAAACGAAGCUUCAAGGAGAAGAAAUGGAGUCAUGGACUGAAGAGAUGAUUGAUUCGAGGUUGGGAGGAUUGUUUAGUAGGAAGCAAGCUGUAAAACUUGUUGAGAUUGGUGUAAGUUGUGUGGACGAAGACAGAAAUAAAAGGCCUACAAUGGAUUCAGUAGUCCAAGUUCUAAUUGAUUGCGAGCCUGAGUAG